CGGGGGCGGCUGGGGGGCAGCAGCGGGGCUGAGGGAAGUGACCCUGACUCCAUUCAAAGAGCAUCAAGUUCCGAAUCUUCUGCAGCAGAAGACGCUUCAGCUUCCGAAGCAGAAGGCAGCAGCAAAGGAGCAGCAUCUAAGAAAGAAAAGAAGAAAAAAAGAGCAAAAAAACUCAAAAAAAAACUCAAAGAGGCCUUGGGGUCCUCCAAAUAUCUUGUCCAGAGACGCAGAAGAAAUGUCAAUCUUAAAGCUGCGCCUGAGGGGCCCCAGAAGUCCGCCUCUGCGUUGGGAUCGGGAUCGGGGUUGGGAUCGGGAUCGGGAUCGGGAUCGGGAUCGAGCGCUUCUCUCGACGCUCCCGAACCCCACAAAUCCCCCGAAAAGCUGGGGAUCGGGGAUCGGGGGAUCCCAGGGACUUACACUGCUCUCGAAGGUCCUUCUCCCGAGCCUCGACUAA